UGCGUGGAAGAAUGAAUGGGAUUCCCGCUUUUGUCUCUUUCACCAUCGCCAACCACGCUUUCCCUCUCAAUUAUUAUUGGUUCCACCCACCAAAACAAAAACCUCACAACUCUCAAAAACUCCUUCUUUUUUUACCUUCCCCUCUCUGUUUGCUCUUCCUUCGCUGUGGUAUCCUGUCUCAGCGAAGGUUUUGCAGCAAACAUGAACGGGAAGGCUUCCGUUUCUAAGGAGCUUCAUGCCAAACACACCAAGAUCUUAGAAGGACUUCUUAAGCUACCUGACAACAGGGAAUGUGCAGACUGUUGGACCAAGGCACCGCGAUGGGCUAGUGUGAACUUAGGAAUUUUCAUUUGCAUGCAGUGUUCAGGGAUUCACCGGAGUCUUGGAGUGCAUAUAUCAAAGGUGAGGUCCACAACUUUGGAUACAUGGCUACCAGAUCAAGUUUCUUUCAUGCAAUUUAUGGGUAAUGUCAAGUCAAAUAAGCACUGGGAGGCUAAACUACCACCGGAUUUUGACAGAAAUGGAUACGGAAUCGAGAAGUUUAUCCGUGCCAAGUAUGUGGAGAAAAGAUGGGCUUUGCAAGGUGAACCACCAUCAGCUCCAAAGUCAACUGAAAUCUUCUUUGAGAUUAAAGAGUUACCAGCUGCGGAGGCCAAGAAUGGUAUUCAGAAAAACAGAAGAUUGUCUCUUGAGGAAAGCAUUCUAGUGAAUCACAUGGCACAAAUUCGGCCUCCAAUAGCGAAAUGUCACGAGGCCCCCGUAAAUUUACCGAUGAAGAUAUCACCUCCGGUUAAGAGGGCAUCAGCAUCACUUGAUUUUGAUAACGUCAUUGGAAAUAGCAACGGUACCAUCGAUCUUUUUAACUUACUUUCCAUCCACGACGAUAAACAGAAUGACUCAACUACACCUCCUAGCUGGACAACAUUUGAUUGAGAAUGCGUGUGAAUUGUGUUUGUUCAUAAAUUGUUGAGCUAGAUUUUCGAAUAGAUGUCACAAGAUUACGAUUGCAGAAGUUCUUGCCAUGUUGCACAGACAUGGAUCUAUACUGAUCUGGUUUGUGGACUAAUUUUUCAACCAAGGGAGACUUCAUCAGACUUCAUCAGCAGGAUAUAAAUUAGCCUCUCAUCUGAACCCAUUUGGAGUUAAUAUCUCACAAAGCUUGAGGUUGAUUCAGAAGGAGAAAGGGAAAUCACAGUUUAUUUUUCUUCUUUUACAAUGCCACUUCCAAAAAUCUGUAAUUCAAGAGGAUGUACAUGAAAUUUGUCCAGGCUUAAGUUUGUUUUAGUUCUUGUGUGAACUUUUUAAUUCUUAUAUCAAUCUAAAUAGGCAAUACUUCUAUUUAA